AUGAUUAGGUGUUUGUUAAAUAUCGAAAUUACGGAGCAAAACACCGUUGAAAAAAAUGUGGUGGUGUUAAAGCCAAACCGUGAAUUCUUGAUGUGGUCACCAUCCUCUUCAACAAUUGAAAGAAAUGUUCGAUAUACCACCUCAAGAAACUUGAUAGAUCAGAAUUCAUUUCAUAUUUUCAAGCAACAUUAUUUGGAAGCAUUGAAUGGUAAAGGCAAAAGAGAUGAUAUUUCAAAAUUUAAUCGCGUUCAUAAAGAAAUCGUCGAAGCUUGGAAAAAUGCAGAUAAGGAGGUCAUUGAAGAAUCAAAUUAUCAAAAUUGUUCGAUGGAUUCUUUAUACAUUGUAUUUGCGACAAACAUAGAUUCUAGUCAUUUGGACAAUGAUGUUGUAUGGAUUAGAGAUGAAUUAGUAACCUCAAAUGACGAAUGCUAA